AUGGUAAAGGUUAAGGUUCAGCGCUACGUUGCCGGGAAGAAACCUGAUUUUGCUUCAAGCUCUAGUUCUGAGUCGGAAGAAGAACCAACUAUCAAUGAUACAGAAGAAAUCAAGGCUUUUACGUCGCGGUCCGGGUUAAUCAGAGAUCGUUUCAGAGGGCAGGAGAACGCCAAAUCGACAGCAGACGGUACUGACCAACCAACAGCUGAAGAGUUAGCUGACCCUAGAUUCAGGAGAUUGUUAAGAGCCAAGGAUCAACUGAGCCAAAGCAGCGAGGAUGAAGAAGAGACUGAUAGGGUUACUCGUCACAAAAAAUACCGAAAAUCUGGUAAUUAUAGUGAGGAAAGUCCCCAAAACUCUAACGGAGAGGACGCUGACGAAGAGGACGUUGAUGAAACGGAACUAAUGAAGAGGCGUGAACUCAUCCGUAAGAAAGCGUUGGCUGCUCAAAUGAAUGCUGAAGUAGAAAAACAUUUUGGGGAUGGAUAUAACGAUACUGGUCACGAAGACGUGGAAGCGGAGGAUGAAUUGGGUUAUUCAGAAGAGGAGUACACGAGUUCAGAUGAUGAAGUUGCUCCUAAAUUAAAACCAGUCUUCGUACGUGCACGUGAUCGAAUAACGUUACAAGCCAAACAUAAAGCAGACCAACUCGCUCAGGAGACCGAAGCAGAAGUUAAACGACUUGCAGAAGAACGUCGUAGAACAACACUUAAGCUACUAGAAGCAGAACUGCGCCGUGAAGCUGAAGAAGCUCACGCAAUUGAAGACGCUCUUGACGCAAUAGAUUCUGAUGAAGGUCAAGGUAAUCCUCAAGCGGAACAAGAGGAAUAUGAAAAAUGGAAGGUUAGGGAACUUAAACGUAUUCGACGAGAACGUGAGAUUCGGGAGGCAGCACAACAAGAAAAGGCUGAAAUUGAGCGAAUUCGUAAUAUGACUGAUGAACAACGACGUGAAGAAUUCAUAAGAAAUCCAAAAGUUAUCACCAACAAAACAGCUAAAGGAAAAUACAAGUUUUUACAGAAGUACUUCCAUCGGGGAGCUUUCUAUGUUACUUCGUUGGAGGAUAAAGUGUUUCAACAAGACUUUACACAGCCUACUCUGGAAGAUCAUUUUGACAAAACAAAGUUGCCUACUGUUAUGCAGGUUAAGAACUUUGGUCGUGCUGGCCGGACUAAGUAUACACAUUUGGUUGAUCAAGAUACAACUGUAUUCGACUCACCAUGGUCAACAACCAAUCCACAAAAUAUGAAGUUCCAGUCAACUCACGGUGGAGGAUUUAAACAAAUAUUCUCGAAACCCGGUUUAUCUAAACAGAAGAAAAAGACAGGAUAGCACCUUGAUUAUGGUAAUUUGUACAUAUAUUUAACGAAACAGCAGGUCGAAUUUUCUUGUUUUCACUGAUUUUCCUCUUUUUUAUCCACAAGUAUGUACACAGUUGAUGCGAAUAAAUAAUUCUGUUUAUUUGAGAAUUCAUGUUCGGUGAAUUUGUUGCUGAUUAUAUACAUUUUAUUCCGUAACAACAAAGUGUUAUCGCUCAAUUUAUUCACUGUAUGACCAUUACUUCAGAUUUCUUUUUUACAUGCAUUCUUAUCGACCAUGUAGUAAACUAAUCAAAUUUCAUAGACUCACAUGCACAAG